GCGCCGGUGGACUCACUGACCAGACCGACCGACCCGUCGGUUGCUCGGCUCGGCCCUGCCUCGCGUCGCAUCCACCGACCCCCACCCACAUGGAAACAGGGGAAGGUGAGGUGGGCUGCAGCCGCGGGAGAGAGUGACAGGCCAACGAGUCGGCCAGUACCUCCACGUCCAGCUCCAGCUCCAUGGGUUCGAUUUCGAUCCGGGAGGGGAGGAGCUGAGGCCGGGGAGGAGGAGGAGGAGGAGCUGCUGGGACUGACUGUGAGGGGCAGCAGGCCAGCAGCCGUAGCACGCGGCGGCAGCCAUGAGCUGGAGACGAGGCGGAGGGGAUGGAGGCCUCUCCAGGAGGUGGGCCUUCCUGCUCUGCGUCGGGAGCUUCUGCCUCGGUCUGCUCUUCACCAACAGAAUGUGGACGCUGCCUGAGGCAAGCGAGAUUGCUAGACCAAAUGCAAAUGUAGAGGAAAGCAACAUGCCUGUUGCUGCAGAGUGCGGUUCUAAGAAGAUCCAAGAAAAACACGAUUACAGGGAUAUUUUACAAGUUCAAGAUGCUCAUCACGAUGUGCAGUCACUAGACAAGACGAUUGCAAGCUUAGAGACAGAGCUCUCAGCUGCAAGAUCUCUGCAAGAGUCUUUGCUCAAUGGUUCCCCUGUUGCAGAAGAGUUCAAAGCUUCUGAAUCAAUUGGGAGAAGAAAGUACCUUAUGGUCAUAGGGAUCAACACCGCUUUUAGCAGCCGCAAGAGGAGAGAUUCCAUACGUUACACCUGGAUGCCUCAAGGUGAAAAGAGGAAAAAUCUUGAAGAAGAGAAGGGGAUCAUAAUUCGUUUCGUUAUUGGCCACAGUGCUAUAUCAGGUGGAAUUGUUGAUAGAGCAAUUGAAGCAGAGGACAGAAAACAUGGGGAUUUCAUGAGGAUUGAUCAUGUUGAAGGAUACCUUGCAUUAUCUGGCAAAACCAAGGCCUACUUUGCUACAGCUGUUUCACUAUGGGAUGCAGAUUUUUAUGUUAAGGUUGAUGAUGACGUGCACGUGAAUAUAGCAACGCUUGGACAGAUUUUAUCCAGACUUGCAUUAAAGCCAAGGGUAUAUAUUGGAUGCAUGAAAUCUGGACCUGUCCUAUCUGAAAAGGGUGUGAGAUAUUAUGAGCCUGAGCAUUGGAAAUUUGGGGAAUCGGGAAACAAGUAUUUCCGACAUGCUACCGGUCAAUUAUAUGCUAUUUCGAAAGAUCUAGCAACCUACAUAUCUAUAAACAAGCAUAUCCUGCACAAGUAUAUAAAUGAGGAUGUUUCAUUGGGUUCUUGGUUCAUCGGGUUAGAUGUUGAGCAUAUUGAUGACAAAAGACUUUGCUGUGGUACUCCACCUGAUUGCGAAUGGAAAGCUCAGGCGGGGAACAUUUGCGCCGCGUCAUUCGACUGGAGGUGCAGCGGCAUAUGCAACUCCGAGGGGAGGAUCUGGGAAGUCCACAAUAAGUGCGCCGAAGGCGAGAAGGUGCUGUGGAACUCCACGUUCUAGCACAAACGAGGCAGUGGCAGAAGUCGCAUAGUAGAUCCAGCCAUUUUGACUGUGUUGUUUGUAAAUUGUCCCACCCUUUGUAUCUAAUUCGUUUGUAGGUAGUUGUGAUUUUGUGACGGGCUAACACCGACGAAAGCGGACCACAAUUUUAGGUAGUGUCUGUCUGCCGGUGGCGGUGAAGAAGCUGAAGAAGGGUAUAAGAGGUGGUGCAUUCUUUUGAGCGAAAAUGUUUAGGGUGGUCAUUUUGUACCGAUCUCCUGUACUGUAUGUAUGGCUGCCAAUAUGUGAGACCAACAAAUAAAAACUUUUGUACACCCACACCCCCGGUGCUACGUUUCGUAAUUCUCAAAUAUUCAUCGAAAUCUGUUGAGAUUCAA